AUAGACUCUUGAUAACAGGAAGAGAAUGAAACUACUUCCGGGGCAAGACAGUAAACGCGCUUCCACGUGAACUAUCAGAUUGCACAAAACGGAUUCCGAUGAGGACGUGAUCUUUAUGCGGGAGAAGUCUCUCCUCAAGUCCCGGGACAUCACCAUUGACCAGGCAAAACGACUGGCGCUGCAGCAAGACAUUGAUCGAGAGUCCCAGCCCAAGCAAGCAGCCAGACGUCUGGCAGGCCAGAAGAGUUUUUCUGUGGCGAUGCCAGAGGCCAAGGUGCAAAAUAAGAUGGAGGCUGCAGAGGAGCAUGAGCAGAGCAUGAAGCAGAACGGUGUAAAGAAAGAGAAGAAAAGCAAGACAGAACAAACUACUGCACCUGAGAGAGAAGCCUGUGCUGUUGAUGAGGAAGGUCCAGGAGGAGUGAAGAAGAAAAAGAAAGAAAAGAGGAAAGGUGAGACAAAUGUUAAUUUAGAGGAGGCUUCAAAUGGCGAUGGAGGUGGUGAGAAACUGGAGAAGGAGAAAAAGAAGAAGAAGAAAAAUAUUGUCACUGAUUCUGUAACUGCCAAUGGCCAUGAUGCCAAGGAGCUGGAAGGAAAAUCAGAAGCCAGCAAAAAGAAGAAGCAGCUGGCUGAGGAGCAAAAUGAAGAGGAAACCAAACAGGCCUUAGCAAACAAAGAAGGGGGUGUGAAAAAAAUAAAGAAAAAACAGAAGUCUGCCGAGUUUGAGAUUGCACAGGUAGAGACAAGAGAAAAAGAGGAAGAACAAGUAACGGAUAAUGUGCCUAAGAAAGCCAAGAAGGAAAAGGCCAAGGCUUUAACUGUAAGUGCAGAAAAGACAGGGGUGCAAAAUAAAGAAAAGAAAAAGAAAACAAGCGAGAAGAAAGAGAUGGACACUGCUGAACCUGCAGCGGGAGCAGAGGAUGGACCAAAGUUAAAGAGAAAGAAAGCUCAAAAGAAGUCAGCUGAGAAAUUAGAGACGGUAGUAACACCAGAUGGAGAGAAUAGAGUGGCUGAAGAAAUAACUGUGAACAAGAAGAAGAAGAAAAAAGAAGCCAAGACUGAGCGUAAAGCUGCAGCUGAAGAAGAAGCAGAAACAGAGGAGAUCCAACACAACACCAAGAGGAAGAAAAACAAGCCUGGAGCUCCAAUGAAGGAGGAAACCGAGGAGACAGAAAUGAAGUCCAAGAAGACGGACAAAUCCAUCAACGGUGUUGUUUUAGCCGAAGAGGGGCGAGAGCCAGAGAGCAAAAAGAAAAAGGGGAAGAAGAGGAAAGCAGCUGUCGAAGUCAGUGGAGAGGAAGAGACGGGACCUAAGAGGAAGAGGGAGAUGAAGAAGGUGAGCUCAAAGGGGGAGGAGGAGGAACCAUUAUUGGAGACAGAAGAAGUCAAGGAGGAGGUGCAGAGCAGGGAAAGUGACACAAACGGCCAGAAAAGGAAGAAGAAGAAGAAGAAGAAGAAGAAGAAGAGCUCAUCUGAGGUACAAAUAAAGGUGGAGGGUGAAAGAGAAACAGCGGAGGACACAGAAACGGGUGCAAAAAGGAAGAAGAAGAAGAGGAAGAAGAAGAUCAAGCUGGGACAAGAAGCUGAAGCGGCGGCCCCUCAGAUGGACGUGGUCUUCCUGUCUGAGAAGACAGGAAAUGCAGACGAGGUGACCAUCAACCAGGAGAGAAGACCGGCUCUGCAAAUGGAGAUUGAAAAGGCAUCUCAGCCUCAAAAACAAGCUAAACCUUCGGGCUUUGGCCAGUGGAGCACUGCCCAGUUUGACAGCUCUGAGCAGCAGCAGAAGUUCCUGCGGCUGAUGGGUGGCUUCAAAAAGGGCGGGCAGCUCGCUGGAGCCAGCGCUGCACGAGAGAAUAUGGCCCUGGGGAAGGAGGGGCAGCAGAACCUGCAGCAAGCGCUUCUGGGAGAGUUUGAGCGUGCUCAGUCGCGCCGCAUGGACUUCAGCAACAGGGGCGCAGGACUUGGGUUCACAGCACCAUCCAAUAAGAAGUUCGCCAUUGACAUCAGCGCACGUCGAUCAGUCCGUUUUGAUGACUGAUCAAAGUUGGGCAUUUUAUUAGGCUUGAAUAAAUGUGUGUGUGUGUGUGUGGUUGAAUGGAAGUUGUGUCAUAUGUUUUUAUGUCUCAACUGUUUUUGCUCACAUUAUGUGGAGAGCCCGAAACUCCACACAUCCAACAGAAAACCAAGACUGAUUUAAAACAAACUCGGCAGUGAAACUUUAAACGCCAGAGAUGCCAUCUGUAUAGAUUAAAUGCUUGAAAAAUUGAAAAUGUUUGAAGUUGGAUGUUUUUUCUUUUAAACUGGGACACCAAACAAAAGACAGACGUGGAGAUGAGUUUUACAUGUUUUUGCCUUUUUACGUCAAGCCCUCAAGAGAGUUUGUGAUUUCAUAUGGGUCAGUGAUUGUACCAGGAUUGUUGAAGUAAAAUUAUCUUAUUUCUUAAGA